ACAGUUUAACCUACGACAAAGAAACUCUUGAAUGAUUUUGCACAUAUAUAAACCUUGUGCAGCUUCUGCAAUUCAUUCAUUAAUUGAUUGUGUUAGCAGACAUCCAAAACAAUAAUAUUUACAGUAAUGAAGCUAGCAGUUAUCACAGUUCUUGCUACAGCCUACGCUUCUAUGGUUAAUGGAGUGCCUUAUGAUACUUACUGCAACGGAAUAAACGAAGUCUUCUCGACUUGUGGAUGUCCUUCGACGUGCGAUUCCUAUCUGUACGGCGGAUACGAAGGAUGUGGUUCGGGGUGUCAGCGCGGAUGCUUUUGCCGGCCCGGCUACGUUCGCAAUACGGUUGGCGUAUGCAUCGAAGAGGUCCAGUGCACUAGAAGAUCAUACUACCAACAAUCAGUCGAUUACUCUCCCUAUGGAUACUACGGUUAUGACAACGAUCUGUGGUAUUAAUUCAUCAUUUUUACGAGGGACUUAAAAUGAGUGUAUUAAUAAAAUGACUCAGUUGCAGUU